UGGGAGCUGAGAGUAGUCAGUCCUCCUGUCUUUGGCUGCAGUGACCCUCAUGAGCCAUCCUUAGACACAGGAAAGAUGCUCUCCCUGAAGGUUGCCUGCCUCGUCCUGAGUGUGGCCAGCACAGUCUGGACCUCAGACACCGACACUGGAGGUGAAUUCUUGGCGGAAGGAGGCGGAGUGCGUGGCCCAAGAGUUGUGGAGAGACAGCAGAGUCACUGCAAAGAGACAGACUGGCCCUUCUGCUCUGAUGAUGAGUGGAACCACAAAUGCCCUUCUGGCUGCAGGAUGAAAGGGCUGAUUGAUGAAGCCAAUCAAGAUUUUACCAACAGAAUAAACAAGCUCAAAAACUCACUAUUUGAUUUUCAAAAAAACAACAAGGAUUCUAAUACGCUGACCAGGAAUAUUAUGGAGUAUUUGAGAGGGGACUUCACUAAUGCCAACAACUUUGAUAACACCUAUGGCCAAGUCUCCGAAGAGCUGAGACGCAGAAUUGAGGUCCUGAAGCGCAAAGUCGUAGAGAAAGCACAGCAGAUCCAGGUUCUGCAGAACAACGUCAGGGCUCAGCUGAUCGAGAUGAAGCGCCUGGAGGUGGACAUUGAUAUCAAGAUCCGCUCUUGCAAAGGGUCCUGCAGCAGGGGUGUGGUCCAUCAGCUCGAUCUGAGGGACUACGAAGAGCCGCAAAAGCAGCUGGAACAGGUCAUCGCUAAAGACCUGCUUCCUGCGAAAGAGAAGCAGCACUUGCCAACACUAAAAAUGCUUCCCCUUCCCGACUUGAUUCCCGGAACUUACAAGAGCCAGCUUCAGGAGGCCCCUCCAGAGUGGAAGGCAUUAACAGAAAUGCGGCAGAUGCGGAUGGAGCUGGAGGGGCUCGGGAAGGGUGGGAAUUCACGCAGGGAUUCUCGAGGAGACUCUCCAACACAUGGGCCAGAGGCAGAGGCAGAAAGCCCCUUGAAACCGACACCUGGUGUAUCUGAGCAUAGGCGACCUGCAAGCUCCCAGCCUGGAAGUGAGGGAAGUUGGAACCCCUGGGCUAUGGGGUCUGACGGACGCGGGGGUUCAGGAAGCUCCCAAUCUGGAGGUUAUAGGCCAAAUAGCUCAGGCUCUGGGAACCCUAUGCCUAGCAACCCGGACUGGGGUGAAUUUUCAGAGUCUACAGGAAGUAGCAGCCCAGCAAUAAGAAAAGAGUACCACACUGGUAAACUGACCACCUCUAAAGGAGAUAAAGAGCUCCUGAUUGGAAACGAGAAAGUCACCUCCUCUGGUACAAGCACCACCCGCCAUUCAUGCUCUAAAACCAUUACCAAGACUGUUACGGGUUCUGAUGGCCGCAGGGAAGUGGUCAAGGAAGUGGUCACCUCGGAUGAUCCCUCUGAUUGUGGUGGAGCCAUUGAAUUAGGCGUGGAGCAUAAUUUUGGUGGCAGGUUUGACUCGUUUCCCCAAAAGUUCCCGGAGCACGCUGAUUUUUUUGGCAGCCACUUCGAUUCGCUCUCCUCUAACUUCAAAGAAUUUGGCAGUAAGACCGAGGCAGUAGGCUCUGACAUUGGCUUAGAAGACCCAGGCUCCCAUGUUCCUAGUUAUCCCUCCAGUGGUAAAACCUCCACUGUCAGAAAGCAGCAGAUCACCAAGACCUACAAAAUGGCGGAUGAGGCAGGAAGUGAAGCUCACGAAGCUGGAGAAGCUCGGACCACCAAGAGGGGUCGUGCCAGAUCGCGGGCAUCGAGAGACUGUGAUGAUGCCCUCCAAACACAUCCUUCAGGUGCCCAGAGUGGCAUUUUCAGUAUCAAGCUCCCUGGAUCCAAUAAGAUUUUAUCUGUUUAUUGCGAUCAAGAGACCAGUUUGGGAGGAUGGCUUUUGAUCCAGCAGAGAAUGGAUGGAUCACUGAAUUUUAACCGGACCUGGCAAGACUACAAGACAGGUUUCGGCAGCCUGAAUGACAAGGGGGAAGGGGAAUUCUGGCUAGGCAACGACUACCUCCACUUCCUCACUCUGAGGACCUCUGUCCUCAGGGUUGAACUAGAGGACUGGGCUGGAAAACAGGCUUACGCCGAGUACCACUUCCGGGUAGGCUCUGAGGCCGAGGGCUACGCCCUGCAGGUCUCCUCCUACCGGGGCACAGCGGGAGACGCUCUGAUAGAAGGCUCUGUGGAGGAGGGGCCCGAGUACACCUCACACAGCAGCAUGAGGUUCAGUACCUUUGACAGGGACGCGGAUCAGUGGGAAGAGAACUGUGCCGAGGUCUACGGGGGAGGCUGGUGGUACAACGGCUGCCAGGCUGCCAAUCUCAAUGGCAUUUACUACCCCGGGGGCACCUAUGACCCCAGGAACAACAGCCCCUAUGAGAUAGAGAACGGGGUCGUCUGGAUCCCCUUCAGAGGGGCGGAUUAUUCCCUCAAGGCUGUUCGCAUGAAAAUCAGACCGCUGGUGGAGCAGAAGCUGAAGAAGUAGGGAGUGGGGGCUAAAUAAGAAAGAUGGAGUCAAGACUCUUGUCAGCGUCUUACA